UCUUAUCAGAGAACAAGCAAUCCGAACAGAAUUUCCACCUAUAAAGAAGGCUCUGAUCCGCGAGAUGAGACAGUUGAAAGUCUAUAUGUGGCAGUUGUUGAUAGUCUUUGGCUGCCUGUUGCCUGGAUAUCAGGUGCGGGCGGUUUUCCUUGAGGAAUGCAAGGGUGUUAUAAUCCUCAAAAUCCCAAAUGAGAAUAAGGAAUGCAGCGAAUAUGUUCACUGCGAUGGAGACGAUUCGUACUACUGCAACGGGGACUGUCGUGAGGCCGUCGAGUGUUAUGAUAAAGACGUUACUACCAAGGCACCAGUUACCACCUUAAAACCUGUAGAGCCGACCACAAAAAACUCCACAUCGGAAGAGCUUCCUGUUCCGGCAAGCACAACCACUGUAACCCCUACAACUAAAGCAGAUACCACCUCACCAUCGAUUUCAACACCGGCAACCACAACUCCAAUUCCCAACACCGAUGUCCAUGUGAUCUGCAAGACAAGUGGAAAGAGUGGAGUCUAUCCGUAUCCAGCCAACAGUAAUUACUAUUAUCAGUGUCUCUCCGGUUAUCUGCUACUUCAGCAGUGCCCACAGAACUUUCAUUUCGAUGAGUCCCAAGGACAGUGUAUUUCCAAAAAACCGAAUCGUUUAUCGGGCUUACACUUGUAAGAUUCGCCUGUGGUAAAGUCUGCAUACGAAAUUGAUCAGUUUACUUUUCGAAACGAAGCGGAGAA